GUGUAGUUGCGAGAGAGGACGGAAAGAGCAGAGAGAUUAGGGGAUCUGGUGUGGCUUCUUCCUUCUCUUGCUUCCUCGAUGCGACCAAUUCUUUAAUCACCAUUUUCUCUCUCUCAAAGGGAUAAUUGUAGCCACCCAUCACCGUUUAUUUUUAAUUAAUAUUUUGGAAUGAAUGAGAACAAAACCACCGCCAUCGCUCUUAUCCCUCACCAUUGACUCGGCCGUCCUCAAUCUAUCCGACAUCUCCGAUCUCUCCUCAAUCCCUGAUCACAUCCUCCUCGACCUCUUCCUGAGAAUAUUAAGAGCUGGGAAACUGACUGAGAAAGUUCUGAGACUGUUCAUAGCGACUGGUAAGGAUGAAGUGAUUUCCCUUGUUGAGGCACUCAAUAUCCGACAUGUUCUGACCCCUGUGCUUCCCACCACAGUUAUCAACGAUAAUGAAGUGGAUAUUGUGAUUGGUGCAUUACACGCUGACCUCACAACUUUCAUGAAUGAAUGGAGGCCAAUUUUCUCCCGCUUUCACCUGAUAAUAGUAAAAGAUCCUGACCUCAAAGAAGAACUACAAAUUCCUGAAGGAUUCAGGGCGGAUGUGUAUUCAAAGGCUGAUAUUGAGCGAGUGGUGGGUUCUUCCUCUUCUAUUCGCUUCUCUGGCUACUCUUGUAGAUAUUUUGGCUUUCUAAUUUCACGGAAAAAGUAUGUUGUCUGUAUUGAUGAUGAUUGUGUUCCUGCAAAAGAUAAUGCGGGGUAUUUGGUGGAUGCUGUGGCUCAGCAUGUUUCGAACCUCCAGACUCCUGCCACCCCUUUCUUCUUCAAUACACUAUAUGAUCCAUUCCGAAAGGGUGCAGAUUUUGUUCGUGGUUACCCAUUUAGCCUGCGAGAAGGAGUUAAUUGUGCUGUGUCAUGUGGGCUAUGGCUCAAUAUGGCCGACCUUGAUGCUCCAACACAAGCUCUGAAGCCACGGCAGAAGAAUGUGCGAUAUGUAGAUGCAGUUUUGACUGUUCCUGCAAGAGCCUUGUUGCCAAUGAGUGGAAUCAAUGUUGCCUUUAACCGUGAAGCUAUUGGUCCAGCAAUAGGCCCGGCAUUGAGAUUGACAGGGGAGGGGAAACUGAGGUGGGAAACUGUGGAAGACAUAUGGUGUGGGAUGUGUGUGAAAGUGAUCUGUGACCACCUAGGCCUUGGUGUGAAAACUGGGUUACCAUAUGUCUGGAGAACAGAAAGGGGUGAUGCAGUUCAGAGCUUGAAGAAAGAGUGGGAAGGGGUGAAAUUGAUGGAGGAUGUUGUUCCUUUCUUUCAGUCAUUGAAGUUGCCACAAUCAGCAACUACAGCAGAGGUUUGUAUGGUUGAGAUUGCCAAAGCAGUGAAUGAACAACUAGGGAAGGCUCAUCCUGUGUUUUCUCAGGCUGCCGAAACCAUGGUAGAGUGGGUCAAGCUCUGGAAGACAGUUGCAUCUGGUUGAAGCUCCUGAACUUGAGGAUCCUUGUUGGAGUGAAAUUCCCUUGGUUGGGUGGGUGGCUUCUAUAUUUCUUUAUUUCGUUUAACUAAUUUAUGUAUGCCUUCUUUUUUCCGGUUUGUUGUGAACUAAGCUUAAAUUUUACCUGACACAGAUAGACUAAAGGCUGAAUAAAAUUAUUAUAG